UGCUCCCGGACAUGUGAGAACCAGGAAGGAAGCUGAGCACAUGGCUGAGGAGAGGGCUGCUGCAUCUGGGUGUCCCUGCAGAAUAAACCAUGUACUCGCCCACCCUUGCUCCAUGUCAUCCCUUAACUAAAACAAACUGGAGCUGAACUGGUUAAUGAUUGACUGUAUGGUAGCAGCUCCCCACUGCAGGCCUGUCAGAGGAAUCUGCUGCAGUGUCUGUAAGGAUCCUGUCCAAUGGAGUCCGCUGCAUAUUACCUGGGGUUUGACUUCAGCACUCAGCAGUUAAAGGUUAUUGCUGUCAAUGAACAACUGCUCGUUGUCUAUGAGGACAAUGUUCACUUUGAUAAAGAUCUUCCUGAAUUUGGAACACAAGGUGGUGUUUAUGUCCAUGGUGAUAAGCUGACAGUAACAUCUCCAGUUUUAAUGUGGCUUAAGGCUCUAGAUUUUAUCCUGGAUAGAAUGAAGUCAUCGGGAUUCAGCUUUGUCAAAGUCAAAGCCUUGUCAGGAACUGGUCAGCAACAUGGCAGUGUGUAUUGGAAAACUGGUUCCAGAGAGGUAUUAAACCAUUUGCCCGCCGAGCACCCUCUGCACAUUGCACUGCAGACUUGUUUCUCCGUCAGUGAUAGCCCUAUCUGGAUGGACUCCAGUACAAGUGCUGAGUGCCACCAUCUUGAAAAAUCCAUUGGAGGGCCACAAGUACUGGCCAAUAUUACUGGAUCUCGAGCAUAUGAGCGCUUUACAGGAAAUCAAAUUGCGAAGAUUUAUAAUCAGAAACCGGAAGCAUAUUCCCAGUGUGAGAGAAUUUCCUUGGUCAGCAGUUUUGCAGCUUCACUGUUUAUUGGGGAUUAUGCACCUAUAGAUUACAGUGAUGGAUCCGGAAUGAACUUACUAGACAUUCAUGAAAAGACGUGGAAUGACACAUGUCUGAAUGCGUGUGCACCCAACCUCAAAGAGAAGUUGGGCUCUGUUGUUCCUUCAUCUUCAGUACUGGAUAAUGUGUCUUCAUACUAUGUCCAGCGCUAUGGAUUUAGCCCUCAUUGCAGUGUUGUUGCGUUCACUGGUGAUAAUCCAGCUUCUCUGGCUGGAAUGAGACUGGAUGAAGGGGAUAUUGCAGUCAGCCUUGGCACAAGUGACACUCUAUUCCUCUGGAUAAAAGAGCCUACCCCUGCUUUGGAGGGGCACAUAUUCAUCAAUCCAGUGCAGUCUCAAGACUAUAUGGCUCUACUAUGUUUUAAAAAUGGUUCCCUGAUGAGAGAGAAAAUCAGAGACAACUGUUCAUCUGCCUCCUGGGAAGAGUUUUCUACCAUUUUGAGAUCGACUCCACCUGGAAACAAUGGCCAUAUAGGCUUUUACUUUGAUGUAAUGGAAAUCACCCCACAAGCUGUUGGUGUUCACAGGUUCAAUGCUGAAAACCUAAAGGUAUCAGAAUUCCCAAAAGAUGUGGAAAUCCGAGCACUAAUUGAGGGGCAGUUUAUGUCUAAGAGGAUCUAUGCAGAAAGGCUUGGUUAUAAAAUAUUUCCGCAAACAAAGAUAUUGGCAACUGGAGGAGCCUCGUGCAAUCAAGAUAUUUUACAGGUUUUGUCAGAUAUUUUCAAUGCUCCGGUGCACACAAUUGCCACAGCUAACUCUGCCUGUCUGGGAUGUGCGUAUCGAGCAGCUCAUGGACUUGCAUUGCUGUCUUCAUCCUCAACUUUUGCAGACGUUCUUAAAGCACCGCAGCAUAAAUUAGUAGUUACCCCAAGACCUGAAGCAGACAAGAUAUACCAGCCUCUACUGAAGCGCUAUUCUGAAAUCGAGAACGCAGUAAUUCAAGCAUCGAAGAUCGUGUGAAAAGUCCUGACAACUGCUGCAUCAAAUGCAGAAUGGAAAUGAAAUAGAAUAAAGUUCAAUAAAAUUUUAAUCUG